AUGCAUUACGCGCCGCUGGUCUCCUGUCUCUCCUUGAUCGCGUGUGCGCAUGCGCAGCUAUUGCAUCUCCCGCAGGUUGAGGAGCUGGUCAGCGAGGCGCUGAAGCCCCUGACCCAGUAUACAGACUAUGAUGGCCCCACUGAGAGUGUCUCCUCUGCCUUGAACGUGCAAACCGUGGCCGCCAGCGUGCAUGUUGUGUCUGAAGCCAUCAGUGAUCCUUCUUAUUGGCUGGCAGACAUUCCUCAUCAAGGCCGUGCCGCGUUUAAUUCUAACCCAUCCGGGUAUAAAGUCUUCCGCAAUGUGAAGGACUAUGGUGCUGCAGGUGAUGGCGUGACCGAUGAUACAGCUGCUAUCAAUAAUGCUAUCAGCGAUGGUGGCCAUUAUAGCCCAGCAAGCCGCGAGUCUACCACAACAAGUCCGGCCAUAGUGUAUUUCCCAGCCGGUACUUACCUAAUCUCGUCUUCGAUCAUUGAUUAUUACUUCACCCAAUUGAUUGGAAACCCAAAUUCGCUGCCGGUGAUCAAGGCCACUGCUGGAUUCACAGGCCUUGGGCUGAUUGAUGGGGACCAAUACCAAAGCGAUGGCAACCAGGGCUGGACCUCGACAAAUGUGUUCUUUAGGCAGAUCCGGAACUUGAAGCUGGACUUGACUUCAAUCCCAGCCAGCUCUGCUGCUACUGGUAUCCACUGGCCAACCGGCCAGGCUACUAGUAUCCAGAAUGUUCAAAUUCAGUUGAGUUCUGCGGCGGGCACCCAGCACCAAGGCAUUUUUAUCGAGAAUGGCUCUGGAGGCUUCUUGACCAACCUGACCAUUACUGGUGGACUCUAUGGAGCCAAUAUCGGUAACCAGCAGUUUACUAUGAGCAAUCUGCGUAUUUCAGAUGCGGUGACUUGCAUUUCCCAGAUUUGGGAUUGGGGCUGGACCUAUCAGGGUCUCACUCUGACCAAUUGCUCCACUGCCCUCUCCAUUAGCAACGGAGGCGCUGGUAACCAGUUAGUUGGCUCGGUCAACGUUCUCGACAGUACCAUCCAGGACUGCUCGACUUUCGUGACUACUGCUUGGGCGAGCUCGACCUCCACCAACGGUAGUCUCAUCCUGGAGAACAUUGCUCUGGACAAUGUUCCUGUUGCAGUCAAAGGAACCAGUGGCACUGUUCUCGCCGGGUCAUCUGGAACUACUACCAUCAGUGCCUGGGGCCAGGGUCAUAAAUACACUCCUAGUGGCCCCACCAACUUCCAAGGCACCUUCACUCCGCCAACUCGUCCGGGUGCUCUACUUGCGAGUGGCUCGUCUAGGUAUUACACCAAGACCAAGCCUCAGUAUGAAGCUUCGCCUACAUCUUCCUUUGUUAGCAUUCGCGGUGCAGGUGCUACCGGGGAUGGCUCGACUGAUGACACGUCAGCCAUCCAGUCUGCAAUCACCUCGGCGGCAUCGUCUGGUAAGAUAGUCUUCUUCGACCAAGGAACCUACAAAGUCACAGGUACUAUCUACAUCCCCUCUGGUUCUCGGAUUGUUGGUGAGGCCUACCCGGUGAUCAUGGCCAGUGGGAGUACAUUUGCAAGUAUCUCUAAGCCUGUUCCUGUCAUCCAGGUGGGCAAAUCCGGCGAGUCUGGAUCAGUCGAAUGGUCAGACAUGAUCGUAAGCACCCAAGGAUCCACGCCAGGGGCCGUUCUUAUUGAGUGGAACCUGGCUGCAGGAUCUGGCUCCGGCAUGUGGGAUGUUCACACCAGGAUUGGAGGAUUCACCGGCUCGCAACAACAGGUUGCCCAGUGUCCCACUUCGGCGGCUGUCGCUGCUGCUUGCGAGGUUGCAUAUAUGUCUAUGCAUAUCACUAGCACCGCAAGUGGCGUGUAUUUGGAGAAUGUGUGGCUUUGGACAGCCGAUCAUGACCUUGAUAGUGCCGAUAAUACUCGGAUCUCUGUCUAUAGUGGCCGUGGUAUGCUGAUCGAGGGAAAGAAUGUUUGGCUGUACGGAACCGCAGUAGAGCACCACUCGUUGUAUCAAUACCAAUUCUCUGGUGCUAGCUCAGUGGUGGCAGGAUUCAUCCAAACAGAGACGCCGUACUACCAACCCAACCCUAACGCAGCUAAUGGACCCUACCCAACGAACUCGACCUUGAAUGAUCCCGACUACAGCAAAUGUCUUUCUGGAAACUGCGACGCACUUGGACUCCGGGUUCUUAACAGCCAGAACAUCAUUGUAUACGGAGCCGGCCUGUACAGCUUCUUCAACAAUUAUAGCACUGCCUGCUCUACGUUCCCUACCCCCGAGAAUUGCCAGAGCGAGAUCUUCAGUAUCGAAGGUACCACAAGCUCCCUGGUGGUUUAUUCGCUUAGCACUGUGGGAACAACGAACAUGAUUGUCAAAGAUGGCAGCUCACUGGCAGUUGUCAGUGAUAACCUGGCGACUUUUGCUGCUACCAUUGCGUAUUUCACUCUUUAG